UCCGCCGUCCGCACCGCGCCGCCUCUCCCAAGGGACCCCACAAACUUCCUACGACCGCGCGGAACUUUCUCAAAUAACAUUCUUUUAAAAUAAUCACCCAAAUAUAGCGAAGAAAUAUAAGCUCGUAAAAAAGUUAGCACCAAACUUUGCUACAAUUUGAUUAGCUUUUGAUUGUCGAUAGAGUUCCCGCCGAAAGACACAUGGAUAUCCCAGGCUUUUGGAGCUGAAUAGAAGCAGAAGGACUAAAAAUAUGCAGCAGCCAUGGUGGUCCUUAUACUUGUUGGCAAUAUUUAUGUUAGGACUGGAUUCAAAGCUUGUCGGCCAAGCGUUUCAACCGGAAUUUGCUGAGCCAUUGACAAAUUUGACCGUACCAAUAGGACGUGAUGCUACAUUUAAAUGUCUAGUCUACAAUCUUGGAGGAUAUAGGGUAGGAUGGGUGAAAGCAGAUACUAAAGCUAUACAGGCCAUCCAUGUUCAUGUUAUAACAAAUAAUCAUCGAGUUGGCGUUUCACAUAACGGACAAUCUAUUUGGAACCUGCACAUAAGAAAUGUUCAAGAGGAAGACCAAGGACAAUAUAUGUGUCAAAUUAAUACAGAUCCAAUGAAAAGCCAAAUGGCUUACCUACAAGUCGUGGUACCACCAGAUUUUGUAGCUGAAGAAACGUCUGGCGAUAUCAUGGUUCCUGAAGGUGGAACCGCAAAGGUGUCCUGUCGUGCUCGCGGUAUGCCUCAGCCAAAUAUAGUAUGGAGAAGAGAAGACGGCACUGAUAUAGUAAUUAGAGAUGCUCAAGGCAGUAAAACUAGAGUUGCAACUUACGAUCAAGAAGUUUUGAUGCUUACAAAAAUCUCUCGGUCGGAUAUGGGGGCAUAUCUCUGUAUAGCGAGCAAUGGAGUACCACCCUCUGUAAGCAAGAGGAUACAAAUUAAAGUACAUUUCCAUCCUGUGAUUCAAGUGCCGAAUCAACUUGUGGGUGCACCAGUGGGUACUGAUGUCACACUUGAGUGCUAUGUCGAGUCUUCACCAAAAUCCAUUAAUUACUGGGUUAGAGAUUCUAAUGAAAUGGUGAUAUCAUCCAGCAAAUAUGAAGUUGUAAACACGGUGAUAAGCUCCUUCGAGAGUCGCAUGGCAUUAACGGUACGGCGCCUAACAUCCACUGAUGUUGGGGGCUACAAAUGUGUCGCUAAAAACUCACUUGGUGAAGUUGACAGUAUUAUUAGACUUUAUGAAAUACCUGGUCCUACUAUUAAAAAUACUAGCCCGGCGAAUAGAAAGGAAGAGUACAAAUAUUCUACACCUAUUGAAGGACCUGAUAAUCAAUUUGGUUCAGCAGACAGAUCAGAUGACGAGGACGACAGAGAAGUAGCACCAGAAGUAUCAGAUAAACCUACAACUACACAUAAAAUCGAUAAUGCCACAAUAAAAAAUCGUACCAUUAAUUACCCUAGUUCUAUAAACGAACAAAAGUUAAGCAACAAAGUUCGUAAAAUUAUUAACAAAUUUGAAAUAACCGAAGAGUUUGAUAGUGCCAGUAGCAAAUUUUACUUUGAGAAAGCAUUAGUUAGUAUUAUUGCGGUAUCAGUAACUCUUAUUAAUUUAUUAUGUAACGUAAUAUAUGUAAAUUCUACAAUUUUUAAUUUUUAAAAUUAUAUCUUUACAGAAUCUUAGAGAUGUCACUGCAUCUCAUCUCCACCUACAAAGUAAUUAUGAUGAGAAAAUAGAAUACCUACAAAUAUUUUUAAAAUAUUAAACUGUAAUCACUUGUGUGUGAAAAAGUAAUUUAUUGUAAAUCCAACAAAAAUAUGCAAAGUACUCUUAUUUUUAAUUUCAACUAAGUAAUCUAACACCGUUUUGCCGGCAAACAACCUGUUAUGAGUUUACUAACCGACCGGAUAAUUACAGAGCGGUGUAAAAUAAUUGCUAAAAUUUGUCAUAAUAUAUUUAACAAAUAUUUGGAGGAGACAUCUCUUUAAAAUAUGUUUUUUAUGAUUAAUUAUCGCAGACUGAAGUAAGAAAAAAUUACAUUUAAAAACUGUGUAUAUUUAAACACACUAAAAAAAAGUGUGGUCGAUCUUUCUGUCUGCUUAUUUGUUUUCUUUUCAGUACUAAUCGGUUGAACGGAUCUAAUUGAAAUUUGUUAUGAAGAUAUUUAGUAUAAUGAGUAUGACUAUAGGCUAAUUUUUAUUUCGAAAAAGCAUACUAAGUCGUGAUGAAUUAGUUAAUAAUAUAUAAUUUACUUGAUUUGUAUUUUUUCAGAAUUAAAUAAUUACUUUGAAAGUAUAAAUAAUAUUUAAAAACAAUAUCUUCAAAUGUAUUACAGAUUAUUCGAUCGCUUUCAAAUAUAAUUAAUUGGGCUUUUUGAAGUAGACCGUAAAUUGAUAUUGAUGAGAGACUUCCGAAGAUAUGAAAAUUAAUAUCGACUUUCUAACAUCGUCGUUAGUACUUUAAUACCAGGCAAAUACCUUUAAUUUACUUAUAUCGAAAAUAUUUCAAUUACUUUCCAGCCACUUAGGUUAAGUAUGAUUUAACGGGUAGACAUUUUGCCGCAAUUUUGACGCUACUUAUGUAUAAAAAGGCAAUAAGACUGCAUUUUCAUAAUUUACAGCUAAGAUUUACAUUAAGAUAUACAAUAGUUAUAUAAUAGGUAUUAGUUAUAUUACAGCAAACACGUAGAGCGUGGUCAGAUUAAUAUUCAAAUGAAAUAGAAAUUAGAAUCAUAAAGGCAUUGUUCCUAAUAUACCAAAACCUGUAUUUAAUUCAAUUCAAUGAUCACAAAUCAUUACCAAAAAUACAGUGGCUAGUGUAUUUUGAAUUUCGCUACUAAACUAUUGCACGCUCUGCUAAUAAUGUUUUCAAUUAAUAAAAUAGCGAAAUGUAUGAGUAACAACCUUUUUUUAUAAAAAAAUACACCUACACAAAUAGAUAGUAAAAACAUUAUACAUAUUAUAGAUUUUACAGGUUACUUUUUCACUUUUACACAAAUUUGUGAAUUGCAAUUCAUAUAUAAGUCAAUUAUAAUUGGUUUAGAUAUCAAUAUUCUUUGAAAUUCGUCUCUCUCUCCUAUUUAUCAUCAUUGAAAAUAUACAAUAUAAUUAGUUCAUGAAUUUUAUUUCUAUAUUGAAAUUACUGUAUUAAAAAUGAUAUAUUAACUAGUUCCAAACCUCACACACGUACUUAUAUAAAUAUUUUGUUAUGUAGACUUAUUAUAAAUAAUUAAUUAAUUUGCUAUAUUAGUGAAUUUCAUCCUAAUAAAGUACAAAAUGACCAUCAUAGUUACGUUGAUAAUAAUAUGUGCAUAGGUAUAAAUAAUACGACACAAUUAGUACAUAAAAUGCUAGUAAUAAAUAAUUAAAAGUACAUAUUAAAUGUGAUAUAAUCGGUAAAAUAUAUAUUAAAAGAUUGACUGAAAUAUUUGGCAAUAAUAUAUUGUUGCAAUCCAACUUUUUCAAAGUCUUUAAUGUUUCUCUUUCUCUUCAUCCUUUAACAAUUUCUCUUUACUAUAACCUACACACAGAUUAUUUCUAUGAAUUUAUGAUACUACUAUAAAUAUAUAAAGAUAGGACUAAGGUAUAAUCGAAAGUAAGGAAUAAUAAGGCCCUUAAAUACGUGUUAUACAAAGAUCAUUUUACACCAACUUAUCAUAAUAAAAUUUAUAAAAAAAAGUAUUCAAUAAUAUUAUUAUUGUAGAAACAUAUAUAAUAUUAAAUAUACGAACAAUCACAAUGUAAAUAAGAAUAUUU